UUGAUCGAAGACUGAAUCAGACUGAAAGAAUGACCUUAUUUUUGGCAGAGCACAGAGAGGAGGAAGCUGCUGCCGCUGAAGACGAAGACACCGGAGCACAGGUUGGUCUGAUCGUCAUGCUUGAAGAAGUUGCGGUUACUACCGGUGAUGAAGACGCUAUACUUGAUCUAUUGAUGGAAGAACACGGAAUCUUGGGUGUGAGACCUAGAAAACAAUCAGCUGCUCGGAUCAGAGGACGAAAAUGGUUAAAAAGGAGAGAAAUAUGGCUUGUUGCUCUCGGUAUAGCACUUCAUGCUGUCUACAUGCUCAGCAUCUUCGACAUUUACUUCAAAUCUCCUAUUGUUCACGGCAUGGAUCCCGUUUCCCCUCGAUAUACUCCGCCCGCAAAGCGCCUCGUGCUUCUUGUAGCUGAUGGGUUGCGGGCCGAUAAGUUCUUUGAGCCAGAUUCUGAUGGGAAUUACAGAGCACCGUUUUUGAGAAGUGUGAUUAGAGGACAGGGGCGUUGGGGUGUGUCUCAUGCUCGUCCUCCAACGGAAUCUAGGCCCGGACAUGUUGCGAUUAUAGCUGGUUUUUACGAGGAUCCUAGUGCCGUCACAAAAGGAUGGAAGGCGAACCCUGUGGAAUUCGAUUCGGUUUUUAACAAGAGCCGGCAUAUAUUUUCAUACGGUAGCCCGGAUAUCGUUCCAAUAUUCUGUAAAGCUUUGCCACAUAGUACAUGGAAAUCGUAUCCCCACGAGUUUGAAGAUUUUGCUACUGAUGCAUCGUUCUUGGAUGAGUGGUCAUUUGAUCAGUUCAAGAGCAUUGUGAAUAGGUCGAAAGAGGACCCUAAACUAAAACAGUUAUUUCAUCAAGAUCAAAAUGUUAUAUUUUUACACCUGCUUGGUUGCGAUUCAAAUGGUCAUGCACACCGUCCCUUUUCUCCUAUAUAUCUCAACAACGUUAAGGUUGUUGACCGCAUUGCUGAAGGUGUUUAUAAUCUUCUUGAAAAUUACUUUAACGACAAUCAAACAGCGUAUAUAUUUACAGCAGAUCAUGGAAUGAGUGACAAAGGUAGUCAUGGAGACGGGCACUGGUCAAAUACCGAUACUCCACUUGUUGUUUGGGGAGCAGGUGUUAAGAAUCCCAAACCGGCAUCGAAUAAUAAUCAAAAUCACGGUGAAAGAUUUGUUGAUGAACAUGAUAUGCAUGAUACACCUACGCCUGAUGAUUGGGGUCUUAGUGAUAUAGAAAGAGUGGAUGUCAAUCAAGCUGAUAUCGCACCAUUGAUGUCAACGCUUCUUGGUUUGCCAUGUCCUGUUAACUCAGUCGGAAGUCUUCCCCUUGACUACAUUGAUUUCAAUAAGGGGAAUGAAGUGGAGGCUGUGUUAGCUAAUGCAAAACAAAUUCUCAACCAAUUUCUUCGUAAAUCACAAAUGAAACAGGCCAGCUCGUUUAGAUUUAAGCCGUAUGAACCUCUAGCCCAUUAUACAUCAAUUUUGGAUGAUAUUGAAUCUCUCAUAUCAAAAGGAGACUAUGAAAAUGCAAUGAAGCUAUCUCAAAAUCUUAGAAGAUUGGGCCUUGACGGGCUCCAUUAUUUUCAAACGUACGAUUGGUUCAUGCUAAUGACUGUUAUAGUCCUGGGCUACUUUGGGUGGAUGCUUUGUCUUAUUCUUCAUGUGUUGCAAUCGUAUACAUCUUUGCCUGGAAAAAUCCUUAAAAAGGAGGAAGCUGUUUUCACAAGGGAACACUCAUCAAAGGUGUACCUAUGUGGAAGUUUCAUCAUGGCAUUAAUUUUUAUUGUGCUAUAUUUGGAGUACUCACCUCCACUUUAUCAUGCUUAUUUCGCAAUGACAGUAUUUCUUUGGACCAAUAUUUUUAGCGAACAUCGGUUUCUGAGAGCCAUAUGGAAAUACUUCCUACAAACAAUAGAAUCUCGUCAUAUCAUCGAGCUCUCUGCCACCUGUAUUGCCUCCAUUAUCAUUCUCGAGCUCCUAGUGAGAAGUUUCACCGAGAGAAUCAUAUACACAUGGUGUUUCUUAAUUGUGGGGGUCGUUUCUUCACUUUUUCUUUAUAAGUCAAUACCAUGGAAAUCCGGAAUACCGAUUUUCUUGUGGCUGGCGUGUUGGUUUUUGUCGGUUUUUACGUUAAUGCCUGCAGAAAUCCCUGACAACACAGUGUUGGUAAGUAUCAGUGGACUUAUAAUUGUAGCAAUAGGAGGAUUCAGCAGGUAUUUAGAUAAACAUACCAAAGAUAACAAGUAUUGGCAAUAUCUCGUUAAUCGUUACUCAAAACCCAAACUCCCGUUCCUCUUUCAUUUACAGGCACUUUUGGUUGGUUUGUCAUCUGUGUUGGUGUACCUUUCAACAUCUCAUAGAACGGAAAAGCGUGAACUACUUGCAUUACAUCAAGUGAUGAAUUGGUCCAUUGCUGGCUUAUCCAUGGUGCUCCCACUAUUUUCAGCAACUGACCUACUUUCUCGGCUAACUUCCAUAUUCCUUGGUUUUGCACCGCCUUUUCUACUAUUGUCUAUCGGAUAUGAAGCUGUCUUUUAUGGGGCUCUUGGUCUUGCCCUGUUUGGAUGGAUAUCGUUUGAAAAUGCACUUUUAUACGUCAACAAACCUAACAAGUCUCUUACUUCAUUUGAAGCCGAAAACGGUAACAUCAUUCUUGAAGAAGGUGAUAGAUGCCUACAGUUAUCUGAUAUGAGGAUUCCAGUUGUUUUUUUGGUGUUCUUUAAUAUUGCAUUUUUUGGAACCGGUAAUUUUGCAAGUAUUGCAAGUUUUGAAAUUUCAUCGGUUUAUCGGUUUAUCACAAUAUUCAGUCCAUUUCUUAUGGCGGCGCUGCUCAUUUUCAAACUGUUCAUCCCGUUUAUGCUCGUCAUAUGUGCAUUUAGUGCAAUAACCAAAUUGGUCAAAGUUCCAAGAUCUGGAUGCUACUUUCUUGUGAUAUUAUGCUCAGAUGUCAUGACCAUUCACUUCUUCUUCUUGGUGAAGAAUACAGGAAGCUGGAUGGAAAUUGGCAACAGCAUCAGCCAUUUUGGAAUUGUGAGUGCUCAAGUUGUAUUUGUUUUGUUGCUUUUCGCACUCACAAACGUAUACACCAAAGAUAUCCAAACUCGGUCAACAGAUCGGGUUUCUCAAAAAACAAUGUAAAUUUACUUAUUCUUGUUAAAAUGUAUCUUGUAAUUGUGUUGCAUUUUUUCAGACCUCUCUUUGCCCCUUGUUAGUUGAAUCGUUUUUGAGAACA